ACCUUGACGUUAGACCAUGCGUGAAUUUAUUUGUGUUUUGUGUACAACAGUUCAGUGUUCAGUUCAAAUCAAAAAACACAUCGUUUCUUAUCAGACAGUUGUUCCUACUAAUUUUAAACUAAAAAUAGUGAACAUCAUGGUGUUGUGAGCAUAAAGUGUGGCAAGUUGUAGGAUUCGCAUGUUCCAACCAGACUGUUAUAAAUUGAACCAAUUUCGACAUGUAAUUUAGUUGAAUGUAACUCAAAGAAAAGAAAUCCACAAUGGCAAACUAUUGGUUGUCUGCUGCCCUAUUCCGAUGUCUUAUGCCCCUUUUAGUUGGGUCAUGUAUCAUAUUUCGACCUUCGGUACUCUCAGCCAUUUACUUCCUUCUACUAUGCUACACGCCAUUUGUGCCGGUGCCAACCGACGCCACCAUGAAAGGCCAUACUGGAAUCUAUCUGAAAAUUUUGAUCGUAAUCACGACGUUGACCACAUUAGCACAACUGGGCUUCCAGAUUGCCUUGUUUGCCAUGCUUCCAUAUGCGCACUUUCUAAAGGACUGCGAAUUUCUCGAAAAACUCCUACGCCAUGUAGGCUUUGUAAGACUGAAUAACAUAUCUGUGAAUGAUGCCUUCACUUGGAUCUCACCAGAACCUAUCAUGCUAGCGACAUCCGUUAUUUUUUACGUGCUCUUUAAAAAGAUUACUGCUCCCAAUCCGGAAGCUAUCGAAGGGGAUAAUCGCACAGAAAUCGAGAGGAAAGACGAUGAGAUUAAAACCAGGAAAAAGUACUUGAUGUUCAUUGUAGGUGUAGGUCGCUAUGGAGUUCUGAUCACUCUAUGUCUAGCGGCCGUUUUACGGCCUUCAGUGGUUGGCGGAUUAUACUUUUUGGUAUUUCUCGCGGUGGCCACUUGGUGGGCCUGCUACAAGCAAUUGCGGCGAGGUUUCGCCAUUCUGAUGUGCUGCAUAUUGCCGUUUGUGUUUGGGCACAUGUGCGCUCUAUACACCUACCAAUUCCAGUGGCCGCAGGAAUUGCUGCCUCAAAACAGCACAUGGGCAAGGUACUUUGGCUUAACACCGUUGCGAGUUUCAUCAUGCGACAAUGCCACGUCCGAAGAUCCACGCACCUUCACGUUUGUGGACACCGAAUGGGCUUCGUACAUAAAUCCUUUCGCUCUUUACUGGCUUUUCUACAUUCUGGCGCUGGAAUCCAAAGCUCUCCUACAGCCGGAUUCCCAAAAGAAACAGGGCCCAUUUUCUCGUUUGGAUGGCAGUUUUAAAGGCAAACUCAGCCGACAAUUGUCGGACAAAGUUACCAAGAAGCAACUAAUGCGAUCGGCUACCAUUACUAAACACAGAUGGCAAAGCGCUGGCCGGAAAGUUCGAUUAAUCAAAGGCGUCAGCCCUAGCCGGAGAUAUGGCUCUAGUAAGAGAAGUGCAAUCAUGCAAGAUUCCACUGGAAGUGUUACUGUGGAUGGGGAGCACCCUGAAGAAAUACCCAUGGAUCAAAUGGGUAAUCCAGAACAAGAAUAUCAGCCAACUUUAAUCGAAAAUCUCGUCUAUUUCCUGGAGAAUCUCCUGCAGAUCAUUAUCAGGGUUUCGUACUUGGGAACCAAUAUAAUAAUGAUGGCUUGGAGUAUCACGUUCAUAAGUUGGCUGACAUUCGUCCUGCUAAUUUGGGCCAACAUUAUCUGGCUGGUACCAAAUCAGCGGAAAAGCAUGCUGCGAUCCAGCCCCUUUCUGGUGUUCUACGCCUGGUUCCUACUGAUUUCUGCCUAUGUUUAUUCAAUGGAUCUCACCGAAAGCGAGCUGCCUUCAGUCAUACGAGGAAUCAAUCUGGCUCAGAUCGGUUUUGUCAAAGUGACCACAUUGCCGUGCAAUCUGCUGUUGGCCAAGUGUCUCUACACGUGCAUGUUUUGGGUCACAUUGCGCCAAUACAUGCAGGAAAAACUGCUCGACAGACAAUCGAGUGCACUGGCUGAUAUGGUCGCUCCUUUACAACUCACAGUUGGGGCUGCUACUACUGGUACCACUGCGGAGCCCCAAAAGAAAGAAACCAAAGUGAUGGAAGUAGUGGGGAAUUAUCUGAAGAGAUUUCUUACCAAGUUUUGGAUAUGGGUUGUGGCAAUUACGCUCUUUGCAGUCGCGAUUACUGGACAGAGAAUGACUGGCUUUAGGAUAGUCUAUAUGGCACUGUUCCUGAUUUUUAUACUCUCAUUCCAGCUAUCAUUUACCAUUUGGAGAAAAAUGAUGUUCGGAUUUUGGUUGGUAAUAAUCAUCUUUUCCAUGCUGGUACUAAUAUUGACUUACACAUACCAGUUCGACAAUUUCCCCGAUUACUGGACGGACUACCUUCAUGUGGCAAAGGAGCAGCAGUUAGAUAUAGGAUUGGAACAGUUCGAAACCAAGCAGCUCUUCGUUCGAAUGGUGACGCCCACAUUCUUCGUAAUAAUAACCGUAGUGCAGUUGCAUUAUUUCCACAACGAUUUCAUGAUACUGUCAGAUCCGAAGAACACCAGUAUUAUCAAUGAAGAUGAGGAAGACGAUGAGGAUUUAAAUGAGAGCUCGAUGCAGGGCGGGGCUGCAGUGGAACGAAGCGAAAAGGACCCGUCUUCGUCCGGUUACCGUUUUGAGAUGAGCGAGUUCGAUAACCUCACCUUUAAGGCUGUCCUAGAGAAAUGGGUGACUCGCCUGCACAGGUUCCUGAACCUCCUCUACUUGUUUUUGGAAAUCCACAUGGCGCGAGUGGUGUUGUUUUUCGCCAUGCUGCUGUGCAUCUACGACAAAUGCGCCAUGUAUUUUAUCCUGAUAUUACUAAUUCCAGCGUCGUUCACUCUGGGAAGACCCAUGCAAAUAUUUACAGUCUAUUCCAGUUCCAUCCUGGUGUCUCUAUUUUUAUUGGCCAGAAUGCUGUAUCAGAUCAAAUAUAUCAAUCCGGAUGUUCUCAAUGUGAAUUGUACCACAAGCGACAACGGGACGGAAAUCAACAAAACCCUCAACAACAUGCAUUGGUUGGGCUUUGAUAAGUCGGAUGAAGUAGGUCGAUCGGUCCCAAGCUUGGUCAAGUGGAACAUAAUCUACAUUCUAGUAGUAACCCUCUACUCGGUUAUUUUAGUGCGGCAAUUCAACUAUCGCAUAGCCAGAGGCAAACCGACCACAAGGGCGUUUUUCAUGUUUCCCCGAAUCACCAGAUCUGAUGCUGAUAAAAGCCUGAAGAACAUGCUGAAGUAUUUGGCCAAUUAUGCGUAUUUUAAAUUUGGCGUGGAGAUAAGUUUCUUGGCGACAGUUGCGGUGAUUGCCAUUAGGAUGGAUCUUUAUGCGAUGUUUUACAGCAUCUGGCUGGUGAUUUUGUACUCAUUGAAGAGAAGCACACUGUCAAAAGUAUGGAUUUUCUACGUGCUGUUCACGGCCAUCAUGUUGCCAAUACAAUAUUUCAUGGUUAUCGGCUUGCCACCCACUCUUUGCAUAAAGUAUCCAUGGAAUUCGGACCCAACCUACAUCCGCCUGCAAGAGUGGGCGUUUUUAAUGAACGACAAGUUUCCACCCAAUCCCAAAAGGCUAAUCUGGGACUUUUUGCUCCUGUUCUUCCUGUCCAGGCAAUGGGUGGUCUUUAGGAUCGAAGGAAGGUAUGCGGGUAAAAACUACGCAGGCGGCAGCAACGAAAGUAUCAUCCAUUUGGCUGAGGACAGAAACUUUGUAAAUCCUGUUCCGGACUUUAUAACAUACUGCAGGUCGUACUUGGAUAUAGCGAAGAGAUGCAUCCUAUGCAGCUUGUUUUACGUCACUCUAGCUGUUGUUUUCCUGGCUGGAACAAACAGGACGAAUCUGUUUUCAGUCGGUUAUCUCAUCGGGGCGUUUCUGUUCCUCUGGGAGGGUUCUGAUAUGUAUUUGAGACCUAUCAGGGAAAUAGUUAAGAAAUGGAACUGGUUGCUUGGAUACAAUGUAGGCGUUAUUCUCGUUAAAGCUGGUCUUCAACUAAUUGGUUGCGUCUUCUUGAAUGCCUAUACCGGCGAUUGCCAUUGGCUGAUGCUGUUCGGCAUUGGUUGCGUAAGGAAAUUCGGCAAUAUCGAAGAUAUUGCCAAUUUGCCGAAUACUGGCCAUUGCAAAGUACCCAGAGAGUAUCUGGGACUGUUUUGGGAUGCCGUCUGCUUUGGCCUGUUGAUCACGCAAAAACGACUGUUCCAGAGCUACAAUUUCUUCCAUUUGAUCAAUGAUACAAAGGCAACAACUAUUCUGGCUUCAAGAGGUGCUGAAUUGAUUGAAGAAAUGCGCAUUAAGAGAAUGGACGAACAAGUCGAGGAGGAACAUCGAAUAUUGGAAAAGAUCAAAAUCAAAAUGGACCGAAUUAAAGCCAACCAACAGAAAAUACAAGCCAAGCCGCCGUUGGCCCGAACUUGUUCUGAGUCGUCUUGCACAUCGGCAACAACCCAAGGUACGAACCCGACCGGCUACCACACUCCUAUCGAGGAGGAAGAUGAAGAGGUGCCUCCAUUGACGCCUCGCUCCUCAACAAUCGCGCCUCAAGCGCCUCCAUCGCCCUAUUCGGCAGUGAUGACCGUGUCCCUGGAAGCCUACCUUGAACCGCAGCGAAUCUCGUUUUCUUCGCCUCCCAAUUCCGACCUCAAUCCGCGGCCCGCCUCUCCUGAUGAGAGUUUUCCGGUGUUCUCACCGCCUCCCUACGACGAAGCUCCUCCCUAUGCUGAAGCGGUCAGUGAGCCACCCAGAGGCCCGGUUCAACGCCAAAUCAGUCUCGGGCCUCCUUGGCUGCAGGGCAGUUUGGUGACGCCUCGUCAAAGUGUGAUUUCCUACUCUACUCGAUCUCAUUUCAGUCAUCAUGAGUAUUCAGUUUUAGAACGUACCGCAAUAUAUCGAAGAACGCCGCCUAAAACGUAUAAACAGGCGAUUCGUUCUGGCGAUUAUUACAUGUUCGAUGAGCUGGACGAUGAUGAAUUGGACCUGCUACCAGAGGAAACCAGAGAAGACGAUGAACAAUCUGAUAUGCCUACCAUGGGAGAGUUUUUGAAUGCUGCUAUAAAAACUGACAUGGCUACGGUAUUGCGGGAACGACGCAAAAGCAUGAAAAGACGGUCGAGCGUGCCACUUGCUCGAAAAAAAUCUGCACGAUCCACCAUGUCAGCCCCAUUGCCUGCUCCUACACUGGAGGAACCGACAUCCAAGAGUGUUACAAUCAAGGAAGAGCCUCAACCCAGUACCAGCAAAGAUGAGGAACUGAGCGAACUGGCAGCACCAAGAGACUACAAUCUGUUCCAGAAGUCGGUUCACUGGAUUGUUUUUAUUUGGGCCUUCAUCGAGAGCGGCAUGAUGAGCUUGACUCGGUUCCUCAAUAGGUACUCGAGGGACUAUCGGUAUGUCCUUAAAACCCUGGGAAAGGAGCGAAAAAUGCUUAAAGAAAGUACCGACUAUGAUUUGGGUGUACGUUUGGGUUCGAAUCAACUGUGGCAACCGGCCGGAUCCUUCCACGACUUGAUGAGACAAUCCACGCGCAAGGCGAGUGUACUAACAGUCCCGGAAAUUCGAAUUAUGGCCCCAAGUCUGGAACGAGGACUCGAUUCGCCAUGUUACUCGAGGAAGUCGAGCAGCUCCGAAAAGGACUUUGGCGAAGAGAUGUCCUCCGAUGACCAGCCACCGAUAAUUCGGCUUCUGCUCGCCAUUUGGUAUGUGAUAAUGAGCCGAUCGGAAUGGUUGUGCUAUUUCGCAAUUUUCCUCAAUCAAGCCAAAACGGCCACUUUCCUAUCGUUGCCCUUACCUUUAAUGGUGUUCUUUUGGGGAUCGCUCACCAUACCGCGACCCUCCAAAACGUUCUGGGUUACCAUCAUAGCCUACACUGAGUUGGUUGUCCUGAUAAAAUGCCUGUUCCAAAUGGACAUCAUUCCAUGGAACGAGGACUUAUAUGGAAACAAUCCGUUUUUCCCCCCAAACAUCAUCGGAAUACAGCGGCAGAAAAACUACGCAAAUUGGGAUUUGGCUUUGCUUUUGGCGGUGUUUUUCCACAGAAUGAUGCUGAAAUCAAUGGGAAUUUGGAAAUCAACAAGCGAACCUACCGGACAAAUAGCGGCAAUGUCGGUAGCAGAAGGCGAAUAUCAGCUCGUUGAUGGACAACUAGUGGCAGUUGGUGCGAAUGGAAGCAGCAUUUUGGUGCCUGUAAGCAGCAGUUCGCCUCAUGAUUCUGCCAGAGGAUCCAACUCCAAGAGCUCCAGUAAAAGGAAAAGUGUCUCAUCGGAUGAAGAGGGGCUCGAUGGUGCAACAUCUCCAGUAUCAGGCGAUGAGACUGAGCAGGAACUAACUGUUGAAAGUGUUGAGGUUGAUCGUUGCGACCAUAUUCCGGAAUCCUUAAAGCUGGGGGCAGCCAAAUAUGCAGAGUCAGUGAAGAUCUUCUUUGAACAUCUUCUAGAUCCCACUGCUCGCAUCGCAGCAGAUGUCUACACGUUUAUGUUCCUCUGCGACUUUAUCAACUUCUUUGUUCUGCUUGUGGGAUAUUCAUCAUUUGGGUCGCAAACAAGCGACGGCGGAUUUGCAGCGUACCUGGAAGAGAACCGCGUCCCACCCAUGUUUCUGUUCAUGUUGAUCUUGCAAUUUACUUUGAUUAUAAUCGAUCGCGGAAUUUACUUGCGAAGAAACAUCCUGGGAAAGCUGAUAUUCCAAUUCACGCAAAUUAUUCUGCUUCAUAUAUGGUUCUUUGUUCUUUUCCCAGUUGUGACUGAAAAAGAAUUUAAAACCGUGAUUCCGCCCCAAGUGUACUACAUGGUGAAAUGCAUUUAUUUCCUACUAUCGGCGUACCAAAUUCGCUGUGGAUACCCUUCGAGGAUUUUAGGCAAUUGCCUGUGCAAGGCUUACAGCAUGGUUAACAUGUUCCUGUUCAAAGGUUUUAUGCUAGUGCCUUUCCUGUUCGAGCUAAGAGCCGUCAUGGAUUGGAUGUGGACCGAGACUUCGAUGGGCGUAUUCGACUGGUUGAAAAUGGAGGAUAUUUUCUCACACAUAUUUUUGUUGAAGUGUUCGCGAAAUAUGGAAGACGAAUAUCCCCAGCCUAGAGGGACCAAAAAAGGCUACAUGGUGAAAUAUCUGAUGGGUGGAGGUCUGUUGGUGGGCAUCAUCGGUAUUAUUUGGUUCCCGCUGGUGUUUUUCUCGCUUGGGCGAGCAGUAGGAGAGAGUAACCCGCCCUACGAUAUUACUCUUGAGCUGAGGAUCGGGCCAUAUGAUCCAAUUUACCAAAUGUCGGCGCAAAGCAAUUCUUUAUUCCAAUUUAAUGACAUCGACUACCAGAAUCUUCUCAACCAAUUUAGAGACAAUAAGCGAGCAGUGCAAAUAUUUUCAAAUAACUACGAUCCUGGAGACAUUGUGGCAGCUAAAUUUAGCCAGGACUCAGCCAAAGUGUGGAGUAUUUCUCCUCCUGAUAAGGAGAAGAUGAAGCAGGAAGUAAACUCUACCAAACCUAUUAAAGUGAGACUAGACUACAAAGUGUCUCACAAGACAAGCAGCUCUUCAGAUUCAGGGAUUAUAUCGAACUAUGUGGAGAUCUCGCUACCACCGGGCACGCCCGAACGGGAGAAUUUGUACAUUAUGCUGGUUAAUGGGACUCAAGCUCGAAUUCUGCUUGAGAAUAUUCUUCCGAAAUUCCUGAAAAUCACCAACCUGGGCACUUCGCAGCCCUAUCAAGGGAUUUUAGCCAGCGAAUCUGAAGAAUCGGAUCCCCAUAAUCCGAUAUUCAGGAAUUUAACGUUGACUUUGAACGUGUCCAAACAAGCAAACGACGAAUGGUGGACUCUAAAGGAAGAUUGCUCAGAUGCCACCUACAAACGUUACUUGCAAGACCUGGCUUAUGAGGGUUGCGACGAUUCGCUAGUGAUUUAUGCGCUUAGCGAUAAAAUAUUCCCAUCGACUUUGAACGUGAUCACGGGCUCAGGAAUUGCGGGACUCUACACGACUCUAGUCCUAGUCGCAUCCCGAAUUCUAAGAGGAAUAUUCGCUGAACAAGUGGCCAAGAUAAUGUUCGAAGAUCUUCCGAACGUGGACAGAAUACUCCAGCUUACUUUGGAUGUGUAUCUUGUGCGAGAAGCCCGAGAAUUCGCACUUGAAGAAGAUCUCUUUGCUAAAUUAAUAUUCCUGUUCCGGUCGCCGGAGACCAUGAUAAAAUGGACCAGGCCCAAAGAAGAGCUUGAUGACGACGAAGAUCCGGAAGACAAUUAAAUUUCUUUAAAGGAAAGCUAUUGAUAUUUGGUAAGUGGAAGGAAACAAUGCAGUGAUUGAUGGUCACUAAGAAUGUAAAAUGUGAGCUGAAGAGAUCGAUUUUUAGCGAAGGGGAUAUAAACUACAAUAAAAAAUGUUUUAAAAGUUUUGAUGGCAAAACACACUGUAGAGAGGGUAGUUUUUUCUUAGAUGUUAAAACCUAGGUUUGGCCUUUCUUAUAUUCACUAUUUGCGUGAAUUCGAAUUAGGCAGAACUUGCCUACAGUGUGUUUUGCCAGCAAAACUUUUAAAACAUUUUUAAUUGUAGUUUAUAUCGCUACUCAUUGAGGAUCUUGUCGAUCUUAUCUUAGAUUGUUCUCAAAAUGAAGGUAUGGUUUUUAUUUAUGUUUUUUGUCUGUUGAAUCUUCAAAUGAAGAAUUUAAUAUUUACUUGUACAAACAUAUCAAGAUUCUAACAGAUUGGAACUUUUUCUUGUUGAAUUGAAGCUAAUAUUGAUGAUAUUUUUACCUGCAAACGGGUUACUUACUUUCGGCGAAUAUAUAGUAUAAGCUUAAACCUAGUCACACAAAAAUGUCGCAUUUUAUACUUAAUUGUCUAGCUGCUAUAAAUCACAGUACUUUUCAUCUAUUGUCACUCUGUUCCUAAUUUGAAUCUUCCAUUUCCACUAAAUGUGUAUGGAAAUGUGUGUCAAUUUAUAGGUACUCAGGAAUAAUAGAUUAGCGCAUAUUAAAAUGUUCGUUGUUUUUUACCGUUUUACCAUUUUUUUAUUCGAAUAUUAUUAACGAACGAAACUUUUUUAUUCGAACUGUUACAUACACUGUCGAACUACUAGAUAUGGUUUUGUAUUUUCCAAUAAAAAUUGCUGAAGAUAAUCGAUAAAAUAUUCAACACAUUUAAAUAGUGUCUGAGUCGACUACUUGAGAAAUUAGGUGCGCAUUAAUAAGAGCUUUCUUUAUUGAUUAGAUAAACUAUGUCUGUUUGCUGUUGUUAGAUUUCUAUAAAAACAGUGCAAAUUUAACGGGUGUUCUAGUUUUAAGUCGUUACGUUGUAUGUUGAAGGACACGAGGUUUUAAUUAAUUUAUUUAUCGAUUGUUAAGGGAUUUAAUGUAUUUUUCUACAUUUUCUAGCUUUUUAUAUUUAUACGCCCCCAUUUGGAUUUUUAYAUUGUAAAUAUUGGAUUUAAAUUGCCCUUAGUUUUCCCGGAUAAUCUUGCAUUAAUAUAAGAGUGUAUAUUUAGAUUGGUCAUAACUGGGAUCAUGUAAUUAUUUGAAUCACUGAGGUCUGAAGGCAACACAUUAUCUUUAACAUGUAAUUCCGAUAGAUAUGCAAAAAUAUAUGAAACAAGUACCAUAA